AUGAUUAAUCAGGAUCAUUUCAGCUUCUAUGGUUUCCCAGACCACUACUACAAAGAGAAAUACCCCAACAUCGGCAGCAAGGAAGUCGCGCAUAAAGUCCUCGAUCUGCUUAAGGAAGCCGGAAUCGAAGCCAAAGGCGUAAACCGUGGCCUCGAUCACGGUCCUUCGAACCAGAACAAAACCCCCCUAAACAUCCCAAUCGUCCAAGUCUCCCUCUUUGAUACCGAGGACCCUAUCCAACACUACCGGCUCGGCCAAGCCGUCUCCCGCCUCCGCGAAGAAAACAUCCUUAUCAUCGUCUCGGGAAUGGCAGUUCACAAUCUGCGCGAUAUGCGCUUUACUUGGGGUAAUCCGCGCCCUUUGCCGUACGCUGUCAGUUUCGAUGAGGCGCUCAAGGAGGCUGUUACUUCUGUGCCGGAUGAGCGGGAGCAAGCUAUGGCUGCGUUGCUCAAGAGACCUGACGCACGCCAGGCACAUCCGACCUUUGAUCAUCUGCUUCCUAUUCAUAUUGGGGCAGGUGCGGCAGGGCUGGAUUUGGGCAAGAGAACUUGGGCAUAUCUGAGGGCAGUAUGA